UCGUCGUCUGAGCCGACGUACGGCACCCUCGAGUCAAGACGUUUGUUUUCAUCAGCAGCGAUCACUCAGUCUAGCGGAACCGAGUAUGCAGGACUAUAGCGAGUUAGCAGCGUCUCGUGACCGUGACCCCAGCACAAAAUUCGCCUCGGCCGCGACACCGACGCAGCCGUCCGGAAGUGGGCCCCUUCAGAAUCGCGUGUGGACGCGCCACCGCCACAGAACGGACGCGCGCUCCGGACGCCACCUGGGACGUCUCCGAGAAGAACGCUCUCCCGCGCAGGCUACCUCCUGAAAUACAUUGUGAUCGGCGACACGGGCGUCGGCAAGUCCUGCCUCUUGCUCCAGUUCACGGAGCCGGGCUCGACCUUCAACGAGCGGCACGACGUGACUAUCGGCGUCGAGUUCGGCGUGCGACGGGUCGAGGUCAACGGCCAGGCGUUGAAGCUGCAGAUCUGGGACACGGCGGGCCAGGAGUCGUUUCGUUCUAUUACGCGUUCAUAUUACCGAGGGGCAGCAGCCGCUUUGUUAGUGUACGACAUCUCCAGACGAGCCACGUUCCGCAACUGCAAGACGUGGCUGACCGAAGCGAGAGCGUGCGGGAACCCGCAGAUGGUCGUGAUCCUCGUGGGGAACAAGUCGGAUUUAAGUGAAUCGACGCGCGCGGUCUCCGAGGCCGAGGGCCGCGCGUUCGCCGACGAGCACGGGUUGCUCUUCCUCGAGGCCUCCGCGAAGCAGCGGAAGCACGUCGACGAGGCCUUCGUGCGGCCGGCGGAGGCGAUCCACGGGCUGCUCGCGACCGGCGCGAUCGAGGCCGGGGACCUGUCGGGCGUCAAGAUCGGGCCCGGUUCCCGCGCGCGAUCCAAUGAUGGGGGCAAGGCGUGCUGCUAA